CGUUCGUCGUGGAAGAGAAACAUGGAUUCACAAGCAGACGCUGCGUUUCUUCCUCUGGGACACGACGAAGAAGUUUGUCAUCAUGCAGGCGAUCGCGCUGCCCCUGGUGGCACUUCUCAUCACAGUCAUCAAGUUCGGCGGCGACUACUUCUUCAUCUACACAUGGCUGUUCAUGUUCGUCACGUCGCUGCUGUUGGUGACAGUCUACGCUGACUUCAUCGCUCCGUUGUUUGACCGCUACAUGCCGCUGAGGGAUGGAGAACUCCGCUCUUCUAUCGAGGCCCUCGCCGCAAGCAUAGAGUUCCCGCUAACUAAGCUAUACGUAGUCGAAGGUUCUAAGCGAUCGUAA